AUGGAGAAAAAACCUUUUGAAAAUUACCCUCAUUUUGAAACGGGUGAACUUUUAAUAAUUGCCAUCGACACCCGAAGAAUACACAAACAUAAGAAGGGAAGAAGAUAUUUUUGUCUGAAUUGGCUCGUGUCAAAAGUCUUGUAUAUGAGAGAAAGAGGGAAGGCUGAAGGUCUUCCGAUAGCUGAUGAUGAUGCGGGUGAUGGGGAGGUUCAAAGCAAGAAAAAAAACAGCGAGAAGAAUUACCCCAAGACUGUAAAACCCUACAAUGAAUUAAAAAUAAAUGCGUUAGGAAAAUUGUUCAGCACAGUGUUCAAUACACAGUUGGAAUUUAUUACAGUUUUUACUUCGAAUGUGGCUUUUUCUGUCUCGCCAUCAAGUUUCAAUUUGAAUGACAACAAUACAUUGACUCCAACAGUUUAUGAAGCUUCGACUAUUGGACAAUUCUAUAAAUUGGAUCAAAAUGCAGAGCACACGCCAUCAAAUGAAAAGGAAACUAGCAUCGUUGAUUCGGAGAAGCCGUGA